ACGAAGCUAUUCUUUUUUUGGCUCUUACCACGUGCCGGCAGGAGAAAGGAAGACGUAGGAGAAGGGAAUAGAGAGAGACACGAGAAAAACGCUGGUCACAUAGAAGGGGAGAUAAAAAAGGAGAGAAAAAUACGAAUUAGCAAAGUAUCAAAAUUUUCUUAAAAGCAUUCACGGGAGGGAGAGAUUGCGUGCUCAUUUCUAGGUAAUUUGAGAGUGAUCUUUUGCUGUAAUUGUUAUCUCUUUCCUUCAGGGGUGUGGUUAGCAGGAGACGAGCAGAAUGUCUGAAGUAAAGGAAAACACCUCAGUUCCUCCCAGUGCUGACGAGGCCAAGAGUGAAAAUUUGCAACCAGAAGAAAACAAGCCUGAAGACCAAAUAUCUCCAGCAGCAGCUGAACAGAGUCCAGAAGUCAAAGAGGAUACAGCAGAAGAAGCUUCACCACCAGUGGAGGAAGCAGAGGAGAACUCGACCAGCAAGCAGAACGGAGUGGGAGAAGCAGCUGACGUCACAGACCCUGCAUCGACUGGCAGCUCAGAGUCAGACGAUGACAUCCCCUUCCAGAACAUAACAUUAGAGGAUAAGCUGGAGAAGCUGCUCAACAACAUACAGCUCGGACUUAACGACGACGAAGACGCUUUGAUGCCUGAGUUGGAGACCUCGGCUUUGGAAGGGGAAAGUUCUGGUUCGGCAGCCGCCUCGUCUCUGCCAGAAAUUGAGAGUUUCCGGCAUAAAGUCGAAGCAGCAAAGAUGGCAGAGACUAAGCAGAACAAGCAGACCGCAUCCAGCAUAGAGGCGUUAUCCAUUGCUCUCAAGAGCAUGCCCAUAGAACAGCAGGUCGCCACACUCUUCUCAAAGUAUGCUGAAUUGGUGGAUGACAACAAAAAGUUGCAAGAUGCUGUGAAAACCGUCCAGCGGCAGGCCCAGCUUGUGGCAAAGGAGAAAGACAUGAUGGAAACCGAACACUCCAAGAUCAUUCUCACCAAAGCCAGGUUGGAGUCUCUCUGCAGGGAACUACAGAGGCAGAAUAAAACUAUCAAGGAUGAAAACAUGCUUAGAUUACGGGAGGAAGAAGAGCGGCGCAAGGAAGUCUCGGCGAAGUUCAACACCACGCUCUCGGAGAUUUCCAAUCUCAUGAAAGAAAAUUCUGACAAAAAUACGCAGCUCAGAGAUGAGAACCAAAAUAUGGCAGCUAGGCUUCAAGACCUUAUCAAGCAGUAUGAAAAUAGGGAGUCUCAUGUUGAAAAGAUGUUAAAACAGAAAGAUCUUCAGUGUCAGUUGGCGGAAGCAAAGAUGGCCAAACAACAGAUUGAGGUCACAGAGGACAAGGAGAAAAUGCUCCUGGAAAAGAAGUCACUCCUGGAGGAAAUUUCAGCAUAUCAACAGAAGACCCAACAAAUGUCUAUGACUGAAAUCACUCUCAGGACACAACUGAACUCGUAUAUGGAAAAAUAUGAAGAAUUCACUUCUGCUUUAGACAAGUCCAAUAAAGUAUUCAGUACAUUUAAGGAAGAAAUAGACAUGAUGACAAAGAAAAUUAAGAAACUAGAAAAGGAGACAAAGAGCUGGAAGGAACGCUGGGAAGGUGCCAACAAGGCCCUCUUGGAUAUGGUUGCAGAAAGGGCUGAAUUUGAGAAGAAACUAGAAACUCAGACUAGACAGAACAACAAGCUACAAGGUCUUUGCCGGGCACUGCAGAAGGAAGUUACCGAGCUCAGAAGCAAAGAGAAAGGAACAUCAUCAGCCAAGGAGGAUAACAUGAGACUGGAAGAAAAGUUUGAGGAACUCAAAGUGGAAGCGACAGCUGAAACCAAUGUUGAAGAAGCUGGCAAAUCCACUGAUGAAAAUUCUUCAUCUGAUAAGCCAGUUGAUGAAGCAGCUAAUAAGCCAGUUGAGGAACCAGCUGAUAAACCAGUUGAGGAACUAGCAGAUAAGCCUGUUGUGGAACCAGCUGAUAAACCCACAACAGAAUCAGCUGAGAAGCCAGAAGCUGAUAAUGACCCUCUAGUAUCCAACUUUGAGGAUGUCGAUUAAGAGUGCCUGUUUCAGAUUACCCUCCAAUCCCACCCAUUACAAGCUAUAUAGGAAAACUUUAUGAAAUUUUAUGCAGUUAAGUUUUAUUUUGUAGCUAAUACAUCAUACUUCUCUUGAAAGCCUUAAACAAUUUUGCAAUGUAGAAAUAAUUUUUACAUGUUUUGUAAUGAUUCUUGAAGAUAAACUAUUUAGAACUGUUUUCUAUUCCAGACAUUAUUUUUUAGGAAAUUUUCUUAGUAAAUAAACAUGUAUAGUCUUACUUUUCACUUCCUUACAUCACAGAAGAGUGUGAACAUUUUCUGUGGUAUUUCAUUUAUAACUAGUCACUUUGAAUCUUAGUUACUAUUAAGAUUCAACUUUUUUUUUUCUCUUCAUAAAGAAAUGUGCUGUUUGCUCUUCUUUCUCUGUAAGUUUGAGAAUGGAUUUAGGUUGUAUGAGUAAAUGCAGUGAAACCUUCAACUGACAGCAAAGUUGUCAAAUAGCACUCCAUGGGAACAUGAAGAAUUUUCUUAUCUUGUUGCACAUCUGAUGCAAAUGCACAUCAGACCUUAUGUUAUGCUUAUAUUAAAGGGUUAAGUUUGCAGGUUAUGUAACAUUUUGAAUUAAAGUUGGCAGUUUAUGUAAUAUUUAAAAUUGCUCAGAAUGCAGUUGUUAACUUUAUACAGUGUAAUGCCUGCAUAAGAAUUACUUUGGUAUUUUCUCUAUUCAUCAAUGCCAGAAUGAGAAGUCUAACAAGCCAAUUUUGUGCCCUUGUAAUGUACAAGUCAUUUGUAAAUUACUGCUAAAUUUAUUUAUUUCGGAUUGCUAAUUGAAAUAAAUUGUUAAAUAUUGA